AUGCAUUUCUCGUUGAUAUUUGGAUUAUGCCUAUUUUUAUUUAAUCUGUCUUCUGCUACUAAAUUUGGUUUAUUAUCUGGGGAUAAAGAAUCUAAUGAUGUUGUCAAGAAAGAUUUCGAACUACCUGAACCUUUGACGGUUAAUAAUUUCAAAUCAGAAUUACAAAAGGGUUUACAUAUUGUUGAAUUCUACAGUCCUUAUUGUUCCCAUUGUAAAGGUUUAAUACCAAUUUGGAAAGAAACCAUUUUAGAUAUUGGGAAUGAAGGUAAAGAUGUAGGGUUGAAGUUCUCUCAAGUUAAUUGUAUUGAAAGUGGUGAUAUUUGUAAUGAAGAGGAUAUUGAUUUUUUCCCAGAUAUUAGGCUAUAUGGUCCUUCUGGUUACAUCAAAAGCUUCCCGCAAUUUGAAGAAAGAAGUAAAGAAAAGUUAUUAGCAUUUGCUCGUGAAGCAAUAUCAGACAAAUCUAAUCUAGAUAUAAUUACAAAAAGUAAUAGUAAAUUGAUGUCUGGAAAUACCUUAUCCAAACUUAUAAAGGAAGGAGGGAAUGAAAGGGGGAUCUUAGUAUCAUUUUGGCCUACUAGAAAUAUGAGAAAUACUGAUGACAAAUUAUUAUUUUAUAAUUGUGAGGACUGUAAAGCUUUCCAAAGAACAUGGUCUCAAAUAUCUGAAUUAGCAAAUGAAAAUGAUAUAGAAACAGUUCACAUUAAUUGUGACUCAUAUAAAGGAACGUGUCAGGAAUUGGGAUUCCACGAAUUAACAGAUCCUGGUGCUUCUAAUAGGCAACCAAGAAUAGGAUAUAUCUUACCUAACAGCAAUAUGAAAAAGUUUUGGAGCUACACUGAAAAUAGUUCACCAAACCCUAAUAGCAUACUAUCCUGGGCUUUAAGAAUUAAACAAAAUAGUGAAGUACCUGAAUUUUCUGAAAAAUUGUUAUCCAAAAUUAUAUCAUUUGAUCCAACUACCUUAUUGAAACAUUCAAGUUUCCAACCUGGUUUGCACGUUGUAUAUACAUAUAAUUAUGAUAUAGGAAGGGAAUCGCAGAUAAGCGAUGAAACAUUGGCGAGUUAUUUGGAACGUUUGUCUUCAGUACCAAAUACAAAUGUGUAUAAAGCUGAGCCAAAGAUGCUCUUGAAUCUAAAAAAAUCGUACAAUUACUUCCUGAACACGAUUAAUUAUAAUAAAACUGAACCAACAAAGUUUUUGGAUGAGGAAUAUUUUAAUUUAUAUUCUACGUCAGUAAUACCAACAUUUAUGAUUUUUAGGGAUGGUGAUUCAAGACCAUAUGUAUAUCACAGAUCUACUGAUGAAACAGAAGCUCAGAUGAUUGAAAAUUUAGAAGAUUUAAUUAGAGAUUUAAAGUAUACUAUUUUACCAGAAGCAAAGGAUAAUGACAUAGAAAGAAUUUAUUACACUUUGUCUGAGUCUGUAAGAUAUAUAUUGAUUCAACUGGUUGAUUCGAGUAAUCAAAAAGACAGCAUGGGUUUUUUAAAGAAAGCUAUUGCAGCAAUUUACGAUUAUGACUACGUUUGCUGGAAAUUCAUUGUAGAUCAUUUUAAGCAAGUUUCUGAUCAAGGGGAGCAGAUCUUGCAAAGGCUGAAAGAAAAUGAACCUCUACAGGCUGAUGCCACUAAUUAUAUUACUGGAUAUUUAAAAUGGAUUAAUAAGGCCUCUGUUCAAGCAGUAUAUAUUGAUGUCUCAAAAAACAAAAAUUUAUUGAAAUAUUUAGGAAUUACAAAACUACCUGAAAAUUACGGAUUCGGGGAUGUUUUAUUAUUGGAUAGAUAUAAGAAUCUGUUAUAUGAUCAUGACGUUUUUGGUAAAAAACUGACUGCGUCAAAUUCUUUUGUUCUAAAGGAAACAAUAUUAUCAUUAACUUUACCAAAUUAUUCUGGUUUCAAAUACACAAUAAAGCCACAGAAAUUUAAGCUGAAGUAUAGAGUCCCCGGGUCCGUUGACUUGGUUUCAAUUCUGAUCUGUAUUCUAGUGUUUUUCUUGGUUUUGAUAUUCUUAAUAAAAAUGAUGAAGAUAUACAAAAAGAAUAAAAAAUAUGACAAGAAACGUAGUAUCGGUUUGCUAGGAAAGUCUCAAAAAAAACUAAAGGACUGA